GAUAGAUAAGGACUACUCCCCACAGCAGCUGAAAACCAAAGAAACCGUUGGCGGACGCCCACCAACCAAAAAAAAAAAAAACCCACGCCUUUCCUCCCCGCCGGGGCUCUCCACUCUCGCUCCAACGCCGACGGAGAAGCCGCAGCUCUGCUCCCUCGCUCUCUCUUCCGGGAGCGCGUGGCUCUAUUCCAUUCGCGCCCGCUCGGCUGACAACGGAGCUGUAGGUUAACCUGGUAAACCAAUUACCUUGAAGCUGAACUGUGCCGUUGAAGCCAAAAUUUAUUACGAUAAAAUUUUGAUCCUUUCAUUUGUUGGACAUUGGAUCAACUGGUGCUGUUAUACAUAGAAAGGAGUUCAUUGUAAUUUCUCAUCUAUAUUUAGUGGUGCCAUAAUCAUUUUUCCACUGGUGUUCGGCAAUAAUGUCGGAGAGCGAGUUAGCAGUAAUAAAACCAGAGGUACAAUCCCCUGCAGCCCCCCUCUCCGGCGUUAAAGACUUAUAUCUGGCUUCAGUGCUUUGAUGGUUCCAUUCAGCAAGUGGAGGAGGAGGUUGCAAUGUUCUGCCCCAUGAUAUGUCGUGAAAUUGUGAAAAAUGGCACAGGGUCGUCCAAAAAUCAUGCUAUUGCGCUCCCUGAAAGAGUUAAUCCAGCCAGUUUGAGUUUGAUUCUUGACUACUGCCGGUUUCAUCAGGUUACUGGGCGCUCAAACAAGGAGCGGAAGUCCUUUGAUGAAAAAUUUGUUAGGAUAGAAACAGAAAGACUCUGCGAAUUGACUUCUGCAGCUGACAGUCUACAGCUAAAGCCACUUGUUGAUCUUACUAGUCGAGCUCUUGCUCGAAUUAUUGAAGGAAAGACACCUGAGGAAAUCCGUGACAUUUUCCACUUACCAGAUGACUUAACAGAGGAAGAGAAGUUGGAGCCCCUAAAAAAUGUAAAUGAUGAUCCUAGGAUUCGCCUAUUGAACCGGUUGUACGCGAAGAAGCGGAAAGAGCUCCAGGAGCGCCAGAAGCUGAAGGAUGUACAAGUACAAAAGGAGGAAAAAGAUGAGAGAUCUUUGGAUGAGUUACUUUGUUUUAUUAAUGGGGAUGGAGGUUCAGGAGGUGGGGAAAGUAGUACCAAGAGUAAGAAAAAGAAUAAAAGAAGGAAGGAUCAUGCUAAGAACCCCGCAAAAGCUGACUCUGAGUCUGUAAAUGUGGAGGGAGCUGCUUGUGUGGUUCCGUGCAAAGUGGAUAGCAGUAAUGUUUCUAGACUUCCAUGCCAAAGUCCAGAUAUGCAAGAUGAUGUCGAGUACCCCUUUGAAGAUGCUGACCUCGAUGAUGGACUUGAUCCUGCAAUGAAAGAAGAGCUUGAUAGUCUGUUUUUAACAUGCAGAGAAGUUGAGGACUUUGCGAGGAGGUUGAAUUCAGUUUGGAGCGAGUCACAUAUUGGUGGUAAUGGUUCUGUGCAGAGAUUUCCUGGGUUUAAUCACAGGUGAGUGUUAAGCUGGCAAGAUCUGAAGGCAGAAGCUGAGGAGAUUUGUGGGCAUACAGCUUGGAAGGGAUUAAAGGCCAAACAGGCCACCUUGGCUCCUGUGUGUUGUAAAACCUUGAUAACUCAGGAACCAAGCAUGCAGAAAUGCGCAAGUUCCCUUGGCCAUUUUCCUGGGAAGGAGGCCACCUAGUUGGGAUGACCCUUUUUUUUCUUUGGGAAGGGAGGGUUAGAGGUCUGUCUUGACUCAAUUUUUUGUUCCUUAACUGCUGUGUUGCCAGUUUUCCUGAAUAGGGGAAGAGAGGAGUGUUGCCUGUUAGCUCUGUUACAGAUGUCCAUGGAAUUCUGUUGUAACACUGUAUUGUGGUGCACAUAGAAAUGUGAUUCCCUGUAUUGCCGAUGUUUGGCUGGUU